AGGAAAAGCACAAUAUUUAGGAUGGCUGUGUGGGUUGCAGGACUGUGUUUCUCUCCCAGCCUUAGAAAUGGAGACAACGUGGGGUGGGGGGAGAAUACAUAACAAGAAAUAAAAAUAUCGAUAUUGUGGGCAGCUGGCAGAAAUGACUAAUGCAGCAAGUGGUAGCUUAGAAACAAAACGGAGGGAUCUUUCGGAGCCUGUGGCAUUUCACAGAGGGUGACUGUCGGAUGCAAAGGUUGCCACAGUUUUCUACCUGAAGAAGUGGAAUUUUCCUAUGCUGGGUUUGUGACCCAGAGGCCCUUGCAGCUUUGGAAGCCGUUUUUUCAGAUUUUUAAAUUUUAUUUUAAAUACCUAAUGCUUAAAAAAGGUUGUUUCAGAAGUUUGUGUUCUUUCUCACACACCUUACAGGCAAAAGAUACCAGGUCCAACCCCCCAAAUCUCCAGCCAUGAGGAUCUCAAGUAGUGUUUGAUUAGACAGGCCUCUACCUGAGACCUUGGACAGCCACUGGCCAGUCAGAGUAGACAAUACUGGCCUAGACAGACAAAACCCGAGCUUAUAUAAGGAAGCAUUCUGUGAUCAUAGUCAACAUGUGGGAGAAUUCAAGAGAGAACUGAGUCACAAAGUGGGGUUUUUAAUUAAUUUGUGUUUUGACAAGGGUCCAUCUUGUCAAAUUCGCCUAGUUACAGUUUGCAUGACUACACCCACUGAGAGCACAUAGAAGGCAGCCUGGGAUAGGGACUCAAUGGUCUAUUCACUGGGCCUCAUCCUGUCAAGCCCUGGCAAAUGUUAUCUGUCCCGUACCGGGGACCAAAACCUAAGAAGGUGCCAUUGUCUGGGUGGACAUGAAAUCCCAGAGAAUUUACCUGAAGCCCCUGAUGUUGUCAGGCUUUUCAGAACAUUGUGGAUUAAAUUUGAGGAACUGGAUGAAACAACAACCCUGGUUUGUAAACCGAGAAACAAAGGAGGAACUAGCAACCUCUCAUCAGCUGCUUUUAAUGUCAUCAACUCUAUCAUAGGAUCUGGUAUGAUAGGCCUGCCCUAUUCUCUGAAGCAAGCUGGAUUUCCAUUGGGAAUACUGUUGUUGUUGGCCGUUGCUUAUAUCACAGAUUAUUCUAUUAUCCUGUUGAUUAAAGGAGGGAACCUGUCUGGAACCAACAGCUACCAGGCUCUGGUCAAUAAAGCAUUUGGUUUUGUAGGGUACCUAAUUCUCUCAGCUCUCCAGUUCUUAUACCCUUUCAUUGCCAUGAUUAGUUACAACAUUAUAACAGGAGACACUUUGACUAAAGUCUUCCAAAGAAUUCCUGGCGCAGUCGAUCAAGACAAUUUGCUCAUUGGUCGCCAUGUCAUUAUUCUCUGUGUCACCAUCAUCUUCACCCUUCCUCUUUCCCUCUUUCGAAAUAUAUCAAAAUUGGGGAAGGUAUCAUUGGUUUCUCUGAUUUUAACCAUCCUCAUCCUGGUGUUUGGGAUUAUAAGGGCAAUCACAUUUAGUGCACAGGUAACCCAAACAGAAAAUCCGUGGGUGUUUGCGAAGCCCAAUGCAGCCCAAGCCAUCGGGGUGAUGUCAUUUGCAUUCAUUUGCCACCACAAUAGUUUCUUAAUUUACGGCUCCCUGAAAGAACCCACACUCAGCAACUGGACACGUGUCACGCAUGUGUCCGUCUCGUUUGCUGUGUUUGUCAGCUUGUUGUUCGCUACGUGCGGGUAUGUGACCUUUAGAGAAUACACAGAAGGAGACAUAUUUGAGAACUAUUGCCGAGAUGAUGACCUUGCCACGUUUGGGAGGUUUUGCUAUGGAAUCACUGUCAUCUUAACGUUUCCAAUAGAAUGCUUUGUUACCAGAGAGGUCCUCGCAAACGUGUUUUUCAAGGGAAACCUUACAACCAUUUACCACGUUGCUCUGACAGUCAUCGUCAUUGCUUUAGCGACAAGUGUAUCGUUGGUGUAUGAUUGCCUGGGAAUAGUUUUAGAGCUAAAUGGGGUGCUCAGUGCUACUCCACUGGUCUUCAUCCUGCCUGCCGCCUGCUUCCUGAGGUUCUCCGAGGAGCGAUGGACCCAUUCCGACAACCUUCUCUCUGCCCUGAUCCUUACCAUUGGGGUGCUAGUGAUGAUAGUUGGCUUCGUUAUGACUGUCCUGCAUCCCCAGGAUUGUAGCCAUGGGCAAGAAAUGCCAUACUGCUUCCUUGGAAAUGCCUCACUCUACAACCAAACAGUCCUGUCUUCUCCGCAAACACACCAACCCUAGGAGACCGUGGCCUCCCAGACAAGAGCAGUGCAAAUAUAAACUUUUUAAAAAAACGUUUUUGUGAAGUCCAUUGUGUGUUUCAGGUUUUUAAACGUACUCUUCCCCCCCCUCCAAGAUAUAAUAAAAGUUAAACACUGA